CGUAUUUAUAAAUAAACAUUUCACAACAAACACUAGUAUAUUUCAUUUAGUUUCUACUAUUGACAUGGGUUUGUUAAUUUAUUUUUUGAUACAGUUUUUAUACUUUUUGGGAAGUAAAGGCGACAUUUUUAACGGAAAGGGCUACCAUGCAGCGAUUGGUAUACCGAAAGCAUAUAAGUUGAUGAGUGAAGAGGGAUUUGUUAGCAGAAUUGUUGGUGGUAAAGAAGUUUCUUCCGCUACUUUGUAUCCAUACCAGGCUGGCAUCGUAGUAACCCUCACCACUGGCCAAACGUCUCUAUGCGGGGGAGCUCUGGUCUCCAACACCAGGGUCCUGACAGCAGCUCACUGCUGGUGGGAUGGCCAGAUCCAGGCCAGGCAGUUCACCAUAGUCCUCGGCUCCCUCAAGAUAUUCUCCGGCGGUACCAGGAUCACCACCAGGGAUGUCGUCGUCCAUUCCAACUGGAAUACAAAGGACAUAACCCAUGACAUCGCCAUGGUCAAGAUGUCCAGAGUCACUUACAGUAACAGUAUUCAAGCAGUCCCAUUGCCAGCUUCAUCUGACGCGAAGCCGAACUAUGCUGGGUUGGAAGCGGUUGCCACUGGGUACGGAAAGAUGAGGGAUGCACAAAACGGCUUCCCAAGUACAACCUCCCUACAUCAUAUAAAUUUGAAGAUCACCAGUAACGCGGCCUGCCAGAGUAGAUUCGAUAUACCUCUACACGCAAGCCAUUUGUGUACCGACGGUGGUGGUAGAGUUGGGACUUGCGAUGGCGAUUCAGGGGGACCACUGACGGUUAAGUGGAAAAAUAAACGGACUCUGGUUGGAAUCGUGUCCUUUGGACUUGCAGAUGGUUGCCAAGCCGGGUACCCUUCAGUGUAUACCCGGGUAACAUCCUUCCUCACAUGGAUUCAGAAUAAUCUCUAAACCAAUUAAUGAUAUCAGCUGAUGACCAGUGCAAUAUUGUGGCGACGAAUUGAUGAAUUAAUAAAUCGGUGUAUAUUAAAAAUAACAAUGUACAUACGUGUAACAUUGAAAAAUGACUUAUUAAAGAUCCAAAAAUUGUUA